UUCAAAUGAAAUAUACAACAAUGGAUUUACUACCAUUCAUAGUGGCCGAAACUGUUUUUACAAAUAAAGUCAACAUCCCACAGUCUGCUUCCGCUUUUAUAACGAGUCCGCAGACGAUAAUCAGUCCAGGAUAUCCGUUCGCCUACCACACGGACUUCUUUUUUAUGUGGUCAAUAAACUUCCAAAACGGAUUUGUGUCACUCCAAUUUACAGAUAUACAUCUUAAGGAAAAAGAUGCCUAUCUCCUCUCGGAGAAGGGCAAUAGAUUUUGUGAGGAGAAUAUAUACCUACAAACAAACAAUCUAAUAUGGUUAUCACGCUUGGAUAUCACUAGAGAUACAGUCAAUUACCGUGCUGAAGAGGAUGAUCGUCUGUACAAAUUCUGGCCAUCUACAUUCACGAUUAACAGUGACUACAAUGGAAAGAAAACCAAUGUUGGAACAGCUGGUCAAAAGUUAAAUAUAGUGUUUAGAUCUUGUCCUUUGGAGUAUUAUAAACAACAGCCAGUUAAAGGAUUUAUAGCACAUGUUCAAAGUAGAGACAUAAUGUCGUGCACGAUGUCUAAUUACAAGUGCAUGUUACGGUCGAUGGAAAUAGCUUCGAGUAGCUUUAUAGGUGUGCCAAUGUCUGGAGACUCCGAAAUUUGGAAGAUAUCUCUUGAUAUUGAUACAAGUACUUACAGGUUUAUUCUAAUCACCAUAGAGGAAAUGCAAAUAUCAUGUUUUUCAGGGUCAACCUUAACAAUUGACAAGGAUUACUGUAAUAUGAAGUCAACGGUAAAGCCCAUUGAAAUGCGUAUAACGACCAUGAAGGUAGUUCUCAAAAUCCAGGAAUAUUGCCCUUGGUAUCCGGAUGUAGAAGGGUUUCGGUUGAGAUAUGAGUUUGGGCGUACUUUGCAAUCGUUAACAGAUGCCUUUACGGGGUUAGAAGAAAUCUAUGGUGAAUAUGAUGUCAAGCUAAAUGAGACGAAAGACAAUUCUUCAGGCUUUAUUUCGAUAACAACAGGCUGCAUUUGCCACGCUGAGGAGAUGUCUGUAGCAUGGGCGCCGAGAAUUAUCCUUUCAGAAGUAUGGCUCAACAAGGAUACUUUAGAACAUACAAAGAAUGUCACCUUGAUUGCCAUGGACUUCAAGCUUCCGUGUUGUCCACUGGCUUUUAUUACACAGAGUUAG